UUCCUGAUUUGCUCGCGGUCGAAGGUCGACUCAUCUGCGGACGAGCGUUCUCCAGGUAUAAAACAGGGAUGGAAGAUUAAAUCCGUCCGAGAAAUAGCGUCUCCCCUCCCUCAGAACGAAGAUCAAACUCUCUGGUCAGCAUGACUUUGCUUCGAGUAUUGCUGAUGUCAGGUGCAAUUAUUGUAUCAGUCCAGACUUUUCCUAGUACUACUAGAGAUUAUGAAAAAAAAUCCACAGCUGAACUAGAAGCAAAAGAAACCACAGAUUCUAUUCCAGUACAUACAGAGGACCCUCAAACAAUGUUGGAAAUACAAACUAAUUCCGACGGGGAAUCAUCUACAAUAGAGUUUGUAUUAAAAAGCCCAAAAGAAGGUAUGAGUAUUCAGAAAGGUUCAGCUCGUGAAAAAUACACCAUUUCUAACUUGACUAUGAAGAAUGAAGCUGAAAAACUAAAUUUACUGGAUUCAAGUAAAGCCAAUGAAAUUGAAUCCGAUAGAAAAGACGAAUUAUAUAAAUUGAAUAUCACAGUUGUCUCAAAAAUAGGAGACUUUCCUACUGAUAUACAAAUCAAAAGAGAUCAGUGGUUGUUUAACCCACAAGAAAUGUCUUCAAUCAUGGGAGGAUUGCCAAAAUAUUAUUAUGAUGCAGCAAAACCUAUUAGACCAUUUCCUGAAUUAAGUGAAACAGAAAAAGGUGUAGCAAUUAAUUCUGAAAAAAGACCUGUGAAUUUACAGGCACCUUUAGUUGAAAAAUCUAAUCAACCACCAGAAACAGGUGGUCCUUUGCUAUAUCCACAAUCAGUAUUCAGUAGAGAGAUUGAUGUUCCAUUUUAUUUUUAAAACAUCACAAAGAGAAAUUAAAUAAUGUACAAAAGAAUUUAGAGGUGCUAUAAGUAUUGAAAGUUCAAUAAAAAUUUUACAAUAAA